AUGCUCCUCAGGCGGAGGAUACUAUCGCUCACGGCGUCGCUCAGGAGCUACAACCACAAUACCCGCGACGCUCUCUCUCCACCUUCUUCUAGUAACUUCUCUUCCUACGCGAAACCUCCAAUCGCCGCCGGAGACAUCCUAAUCCGCGAAGUGAAACACUGGUUCAAACGCGACGCGCCUCCGCAAAGCCACGACCUAAUCAACCGCAUCUGCGACAUCCUCAAAUCCCCCUCGAGCGACGGAGAUGACCGCGCCUUCUACCACCACCUCACCUCCCUCCGCCUCCGCCUCACGGAGAAGUUCGUCCUCGACGUGCUCAACCACACGCGCUACGACCUCCACUCGUGCCUCAAAUUCUUCGACUGGGCCGCUCACCAGCCCAGCUUCCACCACACGCGCGCCACGUUCCACGCCAUCUUCAAGAUCCUCCGUGGCGCCAACCACUUCCGCCUCAUCGUCGAGUUCCUAGACGGGAGCGACGGCUUCGAAGGCUACCGCCACUCGCUCCGCCUCUGCGACGCGCUCGUGAUCGGAUACGCCGUCGCCGGGCGCACCGACGUGGCGCUCCAGCACUUCGGGCACAUGAGGUUUCGAGGCUUGGAUUUGGAUACGUUUGGGUAUCACGUGCUGCUGAACGCGCUUGUGGAGGAGAAGUGUUUCGAUACCGUUGAUGUGAUCCACGAUCAGAUCUCCGCGCGUGGGUUUGUCUGCGCGGUCACGCAUUCGAUUUUGGUUAAGAAGUUGUGUAGGCAAGGGGAGCUUGAUGAGGCCGAAGCGUAUCUACGCGCCUUGCUCCCUGAUGAUCCUGAUGGUUGUGGAGCUGGGCUAGGGAUUCUGAUUGAUUCUCUAUGCUCUCAAGAGAAGUUUCAGAAAGCUACUAAGUUGUUAGAUGAUAUCAAAGUGGUGGGAACAGUUCCUAUGGACCGUGCUUAUAGCAUUUGGAUUAAGUCUCUUAUAGGAGCUGGAUUGUUGGAUAAUAUCGAAGGUUUCUUGCAGCAGAUUAGUCCUUUGGAAGGUUGUGAGAUAGAGGUUGUUAGGUAUAACUCUUUGAUCUCUAAGCUUUUGAAAGAGAACAAUCUUGGGAGUGUGUAUGAUAUCUUGACGGAGAUGAUGGUGCGUGGUGUUUUACCUAACAAGAAAACGAUGAAUGCAGCUUUAUGCUUCUUUUGCAAAGCGGGAUUAGUAGAUGAAGCUCUUGAGUUGUACCGGUCGAGGUCUGAGAUUGGAUUCGCUCCUACCUCCAUGUCUUACAGCUACCUGGUUCGCACGCUCUGUGCAGACAGGCGUGUGGAGCAAGCUUAUGAUGUCUUUAAAGGAGCGAUGGACCGAGGGCAUUUUCUCGGCGCGAAGACGUUUUGUAUACUUGCAAACGCUUUGUGCUGGAACGGGAAGGCUGAGAUGGCGAAGGAGCUUGUUAUCGUUGCAUCAGAACGCGACGCGUUGCCUAAGUUUCUAGGCGGUUGCAAGGUUAUACCUGCUCUCUGCGAUGCUGGGAAAGUGGACGACGCUAUUUUGAUUAACGAGCUGUUUAACAGAAGCGGCGUAGCCACCACGUUUGGAAUGUUCGUCAGCUUGAUAUACGGGACGAUCAGGUUGAUGAGGGGAGACAAAGCUGCUAAACUCAUCGUCAGAAUGCAGGAGAAGGGAUACACUCCGACCUAUAGUCUCUAUCGAAAUGUCAUUCGAUGUGUUUGCGCGAUGGAAAGCGGUGACAGAAGCUGUUUCACCACGUUGCUUAAUUAUCAGUUGUCUCGUUGGGAACACAAAGUUGGAACCUACAAUCUCUUCAUCGAAGGAGCAGGGUUUGCAGGGAACCCGAAACUUGCGAGAUUAGUGUAUGAUCUGAUAGGUAGAAACGGUUUCACGCCGACGCUGGAUUCGAACAUCCUCAUGCUUCAGUGUUAUCUCAAAAACGAAAGAAUCGCUGACGCCCUCCACUUUUUCUAUGAACUGCGGGAAAAAGGUGAGGUCAAAAGGAGACUAUACCAUGUAAUGAUCGUUGGCCUCUGUAGAGGGAAUAGAUUGGAUGACGCUAUGCAUUUCUUGGAAGAGAUGAAGGGAGAAGGGAGACAUCCUAGUAUCGAGUGCUACGAAGUGCUCGUACAGAAGCUAUGCAACAGAGAAAGAGCAAAGGGGUGUAUGAAGCGUGGACACGGAUGA